CAAUCUCCUAUGUGCUGUCAUGCCAAGAAUUAGCAAAAAUAAAGUUUGUAUAAAUUAAUUUUUGCAGUAUUUAUUUCGAAUUUGGGGCCGUGCAAUGUAAAAAUAUUCGCAGCUACUAGCCCCAUACUUAACAAAAAUAAAUGGAUCAUACAGAUGAUGAGCAGGUUUUUAAUUGUGAAGGGGAUAUGCAGCCGCAAUUGGAAAAAUUAGACCCAGAAAAUAAACGGGUAACUGAAGAAUGUAAAGAAUUGCGUCUGCAAAAAGAUGAUUUGCAGUUACAAGUGCAGAAACUGGAAGCAGAAAACAAGCGGCUAACUGAUGAAUUUAAUGGACAAAGAGCCAAAUUGAAAGAGUUGUUUUUGCAAAAAGAUACUGAACUGUUUAGGAAAAGUGAAGAAAACUUUUCACUUAGCGAACAAGUGAAACAGCUUAAGAAUGAACUCGAUGAUGUUAAAAGCCAAUUAGUGGUGAACCGUAUAACAGUCGAAUCAAAUUUUGUAGAGAAAAGGAAAGCGGAAGAAGAGAUAGCAAAUUGGCAAACACUAGUACAUGAGACCAUAGAGGAAUCCAGUUCCACGCAAACCGAAUAUGACAAUAAAUUAUUAAAAUUAGAGUCGCACAUAGAGGAUUUGCAAAAGGAAAUCGCCAUUUUGCAGGAGCAGAGGCAACUGACCCAGAAUGCCAACCAAGAACAUAGUUUGGCUCCCAGCGUUGUAUUAAAUGCACUGACGAAAAUCAGGAAAUUAGGGGUGGACACUUUUUCGUCGCAGGACGAUGACAGUUCAAAAAAGGCCCAAUACGAUACGGAACUAUUAAAAUCUUUGGUGGAGCCACUGGAGGAUCAAAUCAAAGCGCUAAAAGAAAAACUGAGGGCUACAGAUGAACAGCUUCAAAAGUGCAACGAGUGUAAACACUCAGUCGAGCCCGAUGGGCAGAAAGGCGUCGACCGUUCGUCCCAGCAUGUCCAUUUGCAAACGACCGCCUCCACGAACACCUCGUUCGAUAUGCAAAAGAAUGGUUUGUGCGACAUGUGCAGCAACUACGAGGCUCAGCUGGUCAAGGAACAGCAAAAGAACAGCGAGCUAACCGUCAAAGUGCAAGUGGCCGAGAAAGCCACGGAGCGACACCGCGAGGACUUGCUCAAAGAGAUCGGAUUUAGAAAGGAAAUGGAGGAGAGAUGGAACGAGAAAAAGGAGGAGCACAAACACCAAGUGGCCGAACUGACGAAAAUCACCGAAUGUACGGAGCUCGAUUUGAAAGAGCUGAGGGAGUAUUUCGAGGAGGCCCGUUCGGAGAUGCGAGCCAGUUUGGCCAAAGUGACCAAAGAUAGGGAAAAAAUUUACCACGAGCUGGAUAAGUUGCAGAAGGAAAACGAUCACCUUGUAGGUAAAUACGCGAUACAUUCUCAAGAUUUGGAGAGCGAGGCCAUAAACCUUCCCGAUACCGUGGAGGAUUUGCACGAGUUGGUCCUUAAAAACCACCAGGAGCUCAUCAUAGCGAAGAUCGGCAAGGAAGUUUUGGAAGAGAAGAUUAUCGGUUUGGAGUCGGAGCUCGUAUUGACGAAGGACCAGGUGGAAAAUGAGCGGCGUGAAAAAACGAGUUUGGAGAGGGAGGUUAUAUCCCUACAGCGCCAGUUGGUUCAGCACGAAAACGAAAGGAGACACAUCUUGGGCGAUCAGGAAAAACUGAAAAUCACCAACCACAAAGUAACGGAAUUGGAGGAAAAAAUAACGGAGUUACAAAACGCGAUCAGACAACUGGAGGGCCAAAAUGGCGAGCUGAAGAACAGGGUGCACUCGUUGCAGCAGGAUCUGGAUACUUCGGAGACCGUCCAGAAGGAUUUCGUGAGGCUAUCGCAAAGUCUGCAGAUGGAACUGGAAAAGAUUAGGGAAUUAGAUCACGAGGUGCGGUGGCAACACGACGAGGACGUGAGCGAGUGUCCGGCGUGCCGGUCGCCAUUUUCUAGGGACAGGAAGAGGCAGCACUGCAGGCAUUGCGGUCGUAUAUUUUGCCCGUCGUGUUUAAGCAGAACCGUACAGUCGGGACCCAACCUGCGGCCUUCGAAGGUCUGCGACGUGUGUCACACCCUCCUAGUCAAGAGUUCGGCCCCCUAUUUCAGCGAGGCCCCGCCCCUAAACUGAUCCGUUAACCUGUA